CAACACGCGCGGGGGUGAGCGCGUGGCACGGGCAUUGAGCACCACUCUCACCCGAGACCGAUCAGUCAGUGAGUGAGUGAGUGAGUGAGUGAGUGAGUAAUUCUGGUCACAGACUCUGGCCCAUUCGUUACGUCGCUAAUACUUUAUAUAUAGCUACGCUAUUCUGCCACCCACCACCUGUGAUUAUCCUACCCUGUCUCGGACUUAGUGGUAGUAUUGUUGUAAUACUUACCGCGUUCGUGUGGUGCUUUGAAGCAUUAGUUAUACGUCAUGUGAAACGUGUGAUUUUCAUACCGCGCUGAUUUCGGCACUCAAGACACGCACGAUGGAAGGCUCCUUUAGCUCUCGCCUUGGGAAUAAAAGCAUUCUCAGGAAUUGCACGGUUGGACCAUCUGAUAAUCCUCUUGCAUUCUUGACUUUUGGAGUGGCACUAAGACAAAUUCAUGGAAUGGUAUGCUCUGUUUUGCACUGAACCUUAACAUCAUUCUAACCGGAUCUUGAUUUGUUUCCUGAAGUCGUAAUUUAUGUUUCAAGGAUUUAAAAUGUUUGGAACUGACAAAUGGAAUCAAAUCAGGCUCUGUUUGUUUCGUGUUGCCCGCACCACAAAAUUCCGACCUUUCAAUCUUUGAGACAGACAAAUUUGUGUUUUCUUGUGCUUCAGAAUGUUGAAUUUUGUUUUGCUACUUCGCGUGACUUUUGUGAAAGGUGGCAUCUAGUAUUUUAAGAAAUCAAGCAAUAACGUUUUUCCUAAAUUUCCAUUACUAUUUUCUUCAAAUUGUAAUGGAUCUCUGUAUUUCAAAAUGUCAUGGAGUAUUUGUAUGGCAUUCACUAAACAAGGGUGCUUUUCUGAGACAUUAAGGACGUUUGCGUGACCUUUUGACCGUCAUUCUGUGACGUCACAGUUUUCUUUGUUCAAGUUUUAGUAAGAGAUUUGCCGCCCUUGCUACACAGAGAUUGUACAGAUAACAAAAUUGCCGAAGAUUGAAAGGGGUGUUACUGGAGUGUAACAUAUACAGAAAAGAAGGAGGAGAGAUAAAGACAAUAGCUGAUGAUUGAUAGGAAAGAAGGAGCAAUCCAAACCAGACCACCCUCCAACCACCCACAACACACGGACCAUGCUGAGUCGCGCCGGUACAGUGGUGAGGAAGCAGAGGAGACGCUCCAGCACGGCCAGCAGGCACAGUGCACGCCGGGAGUCAGGAGCCACGCCCUCCCCGUCACUAUGCCCCACCCCCUCCCCAUACCCCUCCCCUUCUCCCUCUCCGAGCAUCCAAGGUCUGGGUGGAGGGGACGGGGGCAGCUGCCGUCUGUACCCGGGCUCCCACAGCAUGUCUCGGAGCCCGUCCCCCUGUCUGACCCCUCUCCCCGGACCGCACACGUACCUCAAGGCCGGCCAUUUCACCUUUGAUGCUCGCUCUCUCAACGGGCACAUUUCCCCUGGAAAGCUGACCCCACCCCCUUGUGACAAGCCCCUGUACGAGAGCACAGUGGUGUGGGCGGAGCUUGACGAGGGUGACACCCACUACUCAGUGGUAGCCAGUCUGAGUGAGGCGGGAAACGAGGCGAGACAUCCUUGUGACUUCAUACACCGGUCAAUGUUCAUCCUCAGCGGCACAUGGCCGGUCACUGUGUUCCUCCUGAUUCUCCUGGCACUUCCUCUGGUGAUGACCACGAUAGGUGUGAAUUACCUGCACGAGUGCCCACGUGAGCCCAAACUCCCCAUUUACCUGGUCGUGGGUGGAUGCUUCGGUAUCCUCAAGCUACUGUUCCUUCUCUGGAAGCAGAUCCGGCGUCACCGCGACGACGUCCUUGACCUUCACGACGACGAAGACCUCCUGACCAUGACCCGGAUGACCAACAUGGCGCUGAAUGUCUUCCUGUCCGUCUGGUUCGUCUUCGGUCACUACUGGCUCAUCCGGAUCUGGGAGCCGCACUUCGAAGCUCCUCUCCACGAGCCCAGAAACUGGUGCGACCGCACAGUGUUUACAUUCACUUUCUGGCAGCUGGUGAUCUGUCACGUCAUUCUGGGAAUACUGAUUCUGGUUGCCAUGGUGCUGUACUGCUGCUAUAUCUGCAUCAAGUGCGGUCCUAAUAGUGGGAAUGAAAGUCUAGUAGGGCUGGAUAGUAGCUCCGUUGUUAGGGACGCUUCUCGCGUGGACGCUCAUGGCGAAAAGAAAAACAAUGACGUAACCGUAAUGGAUUCUCAUGGGGAUACGGACGAUUGUGUAACAAAUAUGGACGCCAAAACGCCGCUGGGAUUUCAAAGGCCACCACCGAAGAGAUGACAUCAAACAGCUCUAUAAGGACAAUUUGGUUGUUCUUCUUUCUUUCAAAAGAAUAAUAAUAAUUAUGACG